UGGCAGCAGCGGCGGCGGCGGCGGCGAGAGCGAGAGAGCGCGCAGCAGCCCGUCCUCCUCCAGCCCGCUCCUGCGCACUGACGCCCUCCCUCGCCCCUGCCUCGCCUCUCCCCGCCCCGCCGGGCAGCCCUCGGCUCCCGCUGCCCGCCUCGCCGCCUGCCACUCGCCGCUGGAGCCCGGCUGCUGCUGCUACUGCUGGAUCGUCUGGACGGCGGCGACGGCGGCGGGGAGGGAAGGACGGAAGGGAGAGCCGGGGAGGCAAGCCGCCGCCGCCGCCUGGGGUCCCUGCCGGUGCCCGUGUGCCUUCCUCCGCCGCCGCCGCGCCCAGCAGCUUGAUCCUGAAAACACCGGUUUCAUUGGUGUGGAGACAUUUGCCAGCCUGGUGCACAGCCAUGAACUGCCACUGGACCCUGCAAAGCUGGAGAUGCUUGUGGCUUUGGCACAAAGCAACGACGAGGGACAGAUCUGCUAUCAAGAGCUGGUAGACCUGAUCAGCAGCAAGCGGUCCAGCAGCUUCAAGCGAGCCAUAGCCAAUGGGCAGAGGGCGUUGCCCCGUGAUGGCCUCCUGGAUGAGACCGGCCUGGGGUUCUACAAGCGCUUCGUGCGCUACGUGGCCUACGAGAUCCUGCCCUGCGAGAUGGACCGCCGGUGGUAUUUCUACCAGCAUCGCAGCUGCCCCCCGCCUGUCUUCAUGGCCGUCGUCACGCUAACUCAGAUCAUCGUUUUCCUCUGCUAUGGGGCCCGGCUGAACAAGUGGGUGCUGCAGACGUACCAUCCAGAGUACAUGAAGAGUCCUCUCGUGUACCACCCAGGGCACCGAGCCCGUGCCUGGAGAUUCCUCACUUACAUGUUCAUGCAUGUGGGGUUGGAACAGCUGGGGUUCAAUGCCCUCCUGCAGCUGAUGAUCGGGGUGCCCCUAGAGAUGGUCCAUGGAAUCCUCCGCAUCAGCUUUCUCUACCUCGCGGGAGUUCUGGCAGGUUCCCUGACUGUCUCCAUCACUGACAUGAGGGCUCCUUUGGUCGGGGGCUCUGGCGGGGUCUAUGCUCUCUGCUCCGCUCACCUGGCCAACGUUGUCAUGAACUGGGCUGGAAUGCGUUGCCCCUACAAACUGCUUCGUAUGGUCUUAGCACUGGUGUGUAUGAGUUCCGAGGUGGGCCGUGCCGUCUGGCUGCGCUUCUCCCCGCCCUUGCCCUCCUCGGGGCCCCAGCCCAGCUUCAUGGCCCACCUGGCAGGGGCGAUCGUGGGCAUCAGCAUGGGCCUAACCAUCCUCCGCAGCUACGAGGAGAACCUGCAGGACCAGUGUGGCUGGUGGGUGGUGCUCCUCUCCUACGCCACCUUCUUGGUCUUUGCUGUCUUCUGGAACGUCUUUGCCUACGACUUGCUAGGGGCCCAGAUCCCCCCUCCCCCCUAGCCUCCCACCCGGCCCCCAGUUCUCUCUGCAACACCCACCCUGGACGUGCCAAACGAGUCCCGGGGGAACGGGCCCGCCUGGCGCCCAAGCGCAGGCGCUCAGGGAGCACGUCCUGCGCGCCGCCCGCUCCGAACGAUGUUCCAGCCGGAUGCCAAAAAACGGAGCGUGCUCAGCGCCUGCGGGGAGGCAGGACGGCACAGGGACGCUCGGGGGCCCCAGGAACGGAGAAAUAACGCCCCCCUCUCCCCCUCCGAUUCCUCAAGCACCUUACCCCCUCCCACCUGCAGAAUGGGUACUCAGCUCCGAAAAAGAUCCCUUCCGCGCAAGCAUGUCUGUGUGGUCCUUCCCUUAGGGCGUGGAGGUCCCCGGUUCUGGGGAGGGCGAGGGGUUUGUCCCUUCCCAAUCCUCUCCUCCUCCUCCUUCUGAGACUUGUCGGGUUGUGCACAGCAGUUCCCAGGUGGCUUCCCAUCCAAGACGGGUCCGUACCUGCUUCGCUUCCGUGUCCAAGCUGUGCCGGACGCCUUCCGAUCCUCCUUCGGGGCUCUUGCACAAGCUCAGUGGCUGUGAUGAUUUUUUUUGCAUUUCGACCCCUUGGUUCCUUGCUGCCCCAGCUUUUCUUCCAGUGGCCUUUGGGAGGUAGCUAGUAACAGUGCCGGGACUCCAUCAGGACAGGUGUGUUUUGAAUUCCCCCGAGGAUGAAUGUUGGGAUCUCAAGGCAUGCCGAUGCCUUUUGGCCUAAACGUGCUUCUGCUGGAUCCCUGAUGUCGGUGAGGGCCUGGGUGGGACGGUUCUGGAGUGAAGGGGGACGUCCCACCCGGACUUAGCACCACGCUCACUGCUGAGUGCAUUUGCUCAUGCCCCACAAGACCAGAUGCCAGCCUGAAGGUGGGUUUCUAGGGGGGCGGAAAGAUCUCUGGAGGGCCAACAGAGUUGUAGGCAUUUUCGACCCGGCCUCUUCCUCCUAUCACCCGCCUCUUCGCCUUUCUGCAAACUUGGUCAGACUGACUGAGUAUGGUGCGGGCCCAAUUUUGAGGGACGUGUCUUGUUCGUAGAGCAACGUUGUCUUAGAUCAGAGAGGGCCAACUUCUGGAUUCCAACUUCUGGAUUCCAACAGAGAGGACCAACUUCUGGGAGGCGUUUCUGGUCCCCAGGCAGUUCAAUCUCUGCAGUGGGUAGGGAGAGGUAUAUGGUUGAAGUGUGCUUCGCUGUGCAAGUCAGUCUUCAUAUACAGGAAGCUGUCUUCUGUGCUGAGUCAGACCGCUGGUCUAUCCAGCUCAGGAUCGUCUGCUCUGACUGGCAGCCGCUCUCCGGGCAUUCAGGCAGGAGUUUCCCUCAUCCCUGCCUAGAGAUGUUGGGGGUUGUAUCUGGGAGCUUCUGCAUGCAAUGCAGAGGCUUUACCUCUGAGCUAUGGCUCCAUUAGGAACACAGCAAGCUGCUGGUUACUGAGUCAGACCAUUGGUCAUCUGGCUCAAUAUUGUCUGCACUGACCGGCAGUGGCUCUCCAUGGUUUCAGACAAGGGUCUUUCCCGGAGGUGCUGCCAGGGAUUGAACCGGGGACCUUCUUCAGGCAAAGCGGGGCUCUUCUGGUGCUAAGGGACAACCCCAUCCCCAGUACAAGUAGCUUGGCUCUAAAAUAGCACAUGUACUAUGUGUAGCCAAGGAAUUCCAUUGAACCCCUAACGAGAGACCUAGAGCAUGGGCUCUCUCUUACAACAGUUGACCGUUUGGGUUUGCUUGUGCAGUGCCACCGUGGAUUCGCUGUCCUGAUUGAACUGUGGUCAGGGCCAGAUAAAACUGCUUGCAGGGGUUGGAUUCAGCCCUCUGGUUCUGGCUGGGGAUGAUAGGAGUUGUAGUCCAACAACAUCUGGGGGCUCAAAAUUGGGAACCCCUGGCUUAGAUGUUUUCUGGGUUCUCUUGAUAGGUCUCAAAUGUGGGGUGCAGAAGGAAACGCACCUGGAGUUAGUCUCAAAGCAACAUCAGCAUUUUGGAUUUUAUUUUAUUUUUAAACACGUUUGCUAAGGAAUGAGGCCAUUGUGGAGGGCAGAUGUACGACUCUUCUUCUCAAGGCAAAACAGAGCCGGGUGAAUUAUCUGUAGCUUCUGCUAAGGGGAGCACCAGGGACAAUAACAAAUAAUUUGGAAGGGAUUAUAGUUCAGCGAAAACCUGCAAGCACCUUAUGGUCAGAGCUCUGAUGCCACUGCCUUUCCCUGCGAUAUGGGGGUGUUCCCUAGGUGACGAACUCCACACUGGUUUCCAAACAGGCAGGUGCGCCCUGCCCCAUAGAGCAAGGGAGUGUCAGUUUGGGAACCAGAAGGGGGCUCUUGAUUUUGUUCUGCAGCAUGGGGCUGACCAGUGCACAUUCCUGCAGGCUGCAGCUGCUGUCCAGCAUAGUCUGCCAGCACCUCAGGUCUAGCAAUACCAGCCUGUCGACAGGCCCUGCAUUCUCUCCUUCUGUGAGUUAAGCUCCGCCUGCCUUGGGAGAGACGAGGCCUGCAGUCGAACAGGCAGGGGCGAGCAUGCCAUCGUCAGAAGGGGAAUGGGCUAGAAGCAAAUGCACUACCCAGAUCUGAAAUCUGAUUGGGGCGGGGAGAAGAGAAAUAUGAAUAAAAAUAUUUUGCACACCA